AUGCCGACGGAGGGCCUGGAGGCGGCCAUCGCCGAGCUCCCCGCGAAGAAGGAAGCCCUGCGCGAGGCCUUCGACCGCCUCGCCGCCUGCUCGCCCUACCCGCUCCCCUUCACAUGGGAGGAACUCGACGCCCACGUCUCCUCCAUCCACUCCUCCAUCUCGCGCCGGUUCCGACAGCUGCGGGUCCUCGAGGCCGCCCGCCCUGCCCACACUGAAGAAGAGGGGGAGGAGGAAGUAGAAGAGGAGGACGUGGGGGAAGGGGAAGAGGAAGAGUUAGAGGAAGAAGAGGAGGAGGUGGAGGAAGAGGAAGAAGAAGAGGAAGAGGAGGAGGUGGAUGAGGUGGAGGAAGAGGGGGAGGAGGCCGACAAGGAAGUGAAGGAUGCCAACAUCGGCAUCCAGACCAAGGAUGACAACGAAGGCGGCGUGGGUGAAGAGCAGGAUGCCAAUGAGGAGGCAGUGGCUAUUCAGGUAUCUGCAGGGCCGGACAGUGAGGCUGAAGAGGAGAUGCAGGAGGUCGACGAGGAUGCGCAGGAGGACAAAAAAGAGGAGCAGGAUACUGAAGAGGAGAUGAUUGUAAAGAUGACUAAGAAACAGCUUGGACGGCUUCCUCCAUGUGGGAGGAAGGAUCUUAUAGUGGCAUGUAAGAGAAUGGAUGCAGGGAUGCUGGCUGAUUUCGUGAUACGUGUCAGUGGUAUCCUCAAGAAAAAGUUUCUGAACGCAAUGUUCCAUGCCCCAGAUCCAGCGGCACUUGUUCUCCAAGUGGUCAAGCUAUUCCUAUCCAGCAAGAAGUUCGAGUGUGCCAAGGUCGGGUUGAAAUGUGUCAGGCUGAUUAUUUGGUUGUCUAUGGCAUCUGUCAAACCUUCUGCAGACACAACAGAGGAGGCCAAGUUGGUGGCAAAGGAUUGGAAGGAAAUGAUCGACGGGAAGGGUUCUUGUGGGGAACUUGACUUGCUGGCUGCUUGGGGCUUUCUCCAUUUCCUCAUAUCUUAUAAUAUUGUAUCUGAAUUCAAUAUUCAUGAGAUCAUCCGUAUCUUUGCUAUGGUCCAUCAUAAAAAUAUUAAGAAAAACACUGUGAACUUUUGCAAGGAUCUUGGGCUCACAGAUAGGAUCACAGAUUUAAUUGACUAUCUGAUUGGAAAUGAGCAGCAUAUCGAAGCUUUUCAUAUUGUACAAGCUUUUAAUUUGGAAGACACGUAUCCUCUAUUUUCUCUUCUGAAGGGAUUACUUGAAAAGGUCAAGCAUACUUCUUUGGACUUGGCUACACCGAAGGAAGUUAAAAACAAUCUGUGGAUUGCACGUCAUCUAGCUGAGAAGGAACUCACUGAUUCUAGCCAACGCCGUGCUAUCAUGGCAGAAAGUGGAUAUCUGCUAGGUAAAUACGCAAAGGAGCAUAGGCAGAUCAACAAGAAGCGCAAGAAAGAGGAGCAGGAGCGCCAUGAGGGACAACACAGCGAGCAGCUGCAGAAACUGAAUCAAAACAAGUUAAUUCAAGGGGAGCAGCAUCCACUGCUUCAACAAGAAAAUAUAGUGCCAGUGACACAGCAGCAACAGGAUGCCAAACGACCAAGGGAGGCUACUCUUAAUCUACCAGCAACCACCGUUCCUCUGGUUCCAAAUGUAGCCCAGAUCCAAAACUUUGGUUGUCCACCGUAUGCCGCAAUGCCUGGAAUUGACAGUUACCCUGCCCAGCCAGGUUGGCCUGGAGCUCAAGGAAGGCCACUCGCAACGCAACCGCAACCACCUCAGUAUAUGGUUCCGCCAUUUUGUCCUUUCCCCCCUCACCCUUUCUUUUUGAACGCUCGCCCUCACCCUCCGUUCUGUCCCAGAUAGCAUAGAAGUUCUGCACUGGAUUGCUUAGUAACUUCGCCCUGCAGAGUUGAGCCCUGUGCAGGGGAGGGGGAGUCCUUUCGAGUUUCGUUGGCCAUGUAUAGAGGUUUCAGUUGUUGGUUUAACCUCUUCUUGGUGGAAACUGUGUCGAACUUUGUAAUUUCGUUACCCAAAAGCAAUGAAAUUCGGGCAAGGCCCUUCCCUGAAAAAAAAAGAAACAAAAUAAAA